GUGCAGGCUUGGACAGUAGUGCGCUGGGUGAUGUUGUAGUUUGCAGGAGCCUGCCUGGAACAGGACGUGAGGUGACCUGCUCGCUUUGCUUCCUUGUUCUGCCUUUCUUCUAAAACAAAACUCAACAUGGUCCAGCGAAACUAAGCAGCUACCCGGUGUUUUAUUCGGAGAGGCUCUCACCGUGAUGCUUGUGAGUGGAUUGGCCAAGGAGUGAAACACAUUCCUGAAAGAGUUGAGGGCUGCUGUCUUAAGCUUAUGAGAAAUCAGCUCGCUCGCACCAUGCCCGCCAAGAUGGCCGCCAGCAUUUCUUGCCCUCACUGGAAUGCCUUGGGACAAGGAUGUGUGUUGCCAUGGUGAUCAUAUACAAGAAAACACUGGAAAAGAAGGGUGCCGACGAUGUAACAUCCAAAAGUACAGAUUUGGGCCCGGUGAGAGGUUAUUUUCUACUUGUUUUCAGGCACAGACCAUGAGCCAGGGGACUGCACUUUUCUCUUGUGGACUCAUGGAGACAAGCCGGUGGCAUGAGGUGGGUCACAGCUGUGCCAUACAGCAAAGGCCAGUUGGGACCAGCCUGGAGAGCCUGUGGGACGUCCUGCCUGAGGUGCAUAAAAGUUCAGCCCACUGGGAUUGGGAUGUUGGCUCCACUUCGAGCACAAUCACCAGCUUGUUGCAAGACCUCAGCCUGACUGAGGCUGCGUCCUCGCACUCCACUGCACCGCCCAGCAAGCGGCAGUGCCGGUCCCUGUCUUGCUCAGACGAGCUCGGCGGUUGCCGCUCUACCUGGCGCCCUCAGGGCUCUCGCGUGUGGACAACGGUGGAGAAGCGGAGGUGCCACAGUGGAGGCAGCGUCCAGCGCGGCGGUGUUGGGAGCACGCAGCUCGGCUUCCCAGCCAUGCAGCGCAGCUCAAGCUUCAGCCUGCCUGCCCGCUCUAACACCCUGGAGCUGCCCUGCUUCACCCAACGUCUCCCCUGCCCCUCUGCCUUCACCAGCCUGACGCCCUCUUCCUCAAUGCCCCUGUCCGAGCCCUCGGCGCAGCCCCUCUACCUCUCUCAUGAACAGAUCUGCCUCCCUGAGCCUCGUGGACCCUCGCCACCCAGCUCCCCUGACUCCACUCCCGAGCUGGAGCGCCGUGGUGGACAAGGGGGUCUCGCCCGUAGUCGUUCACAACCAUGUGUCCUCAACGACAAGAAGAUCGGUGUGAAGCGCAGAAGACCAGCUGACACACAGAGGCCUUCUUUGGACCUGGCCAAGAUGACCCAGAAACUUCGGAAUUUCCACAGCCUUAGCUGCCCCGGAAUCCCAGGCGAAGACGGCUGCGAGUCAAGCCAGGCCCGCCUUACUCUCAGGAGCACCGCUCAGUGCGACACAGACGACUCAUCUGCAAACGAACACAGCCCGGAGGACGUUCAACCUCGGACCAAAGAUGGCGAGAUCACCAGGAACGUGUCUUCAGACCCCACCAUCGAGGAGGUGGACUGGAACUCCACAGACUGCGGCGAUGUGACACCAGGGACAACCAACGGGAAGGACAAUGAGCCUCUGUGGGCGGGGCUGUGUAGCAUGAGGAAGGAUGCGUAUCAGCUUGGAGGCGAGCUCGACAUUGAGCAAAUUGAGAGGAACUGAGCUGGACCGUCUUCCUCUCGGGGGAAGCUAAUUUAGGGGACUGAAAGUUGAUCACCAGUUGGUACAGUAAACAGUACUGAUAGUCUUAAGGACAAAGCAAGUGGAAAAGCUAAUGCAAUAGAGUAAAAGAGUAUUCCAGCACUUGUUUUUUUCUUUUUUUUUCAAGGAGAAAUUGAGCAGGAGCAUUGUGGGCUCAAAGCCUAUUUUUUGGGGACUUUGUGUAGUCAGAAGCUACUUCUGCACUGUGCGGUAUCUCAACUGUGUCUCAGGAGAAACAAGGAAGUCGGGGAGGACAGAUUUGGGUGGAGAUAAUAAAACUGAUAAAUAGAAAAAUGAUAUAUUAAUGUUGGCUCAGAGAUUGGGGUCUUUAACAUUUCUCUGUAACCCUGAUUACCUUCAUUGUACUACAUUUGGAGAGAAUGCACAGCAGGUUUGUAUAAAUUCUCUGCACUAGAACAAGCGUCUGUUCCUCUGACCUUUUUCAGUCGUACAUGGGUACAUGAUGGAUAGAAAUGGAGACUACUUCGAGAGCUACUGUUAGUAAAGCCCCUUUCGCUCUUACUGAGCAACAAGCUGCACGCACACACAACCUGUAAAGUAUAUUGAAGAGCUUAACAUUUCACACCGUAACAUCAGGCUUCUCUCUGAGAUGUAUGCUCCUGUUUGUUUUGAGAGAAACCUUGUGAUGCUAAUAGCAUUAAUAUUCUUUCUUUUUACGAUUUGUAACUACAAAGUUAUGUAAAACAUGAGCAUAUUUCUAUACAAAUAAACACAGUUUUAAAUGUGUCA